AUGGCGGACGAUGGCAUGCUCCUUAACUUCUCCAUACCGGAAACCGGACUGAUUGCGAGACCGAGUAUCAAAGGUGGAAACUGGAAAGAUCGGCUCUCUGCGAAGAAGGCGGCUCAGAACUGGCAUGCAAAGGCCACAGCAAGAUUGACGGGCGAUAAAAUACCAAGUGUUCCAAGGAAAUCAAAUACGCAAGAGGCAACGAAUGUGAAUCGCACAGCGCUGGGGCCAAGGAAGGCGCGAGUAUCCAAGAGCCCCGAGCCGGAAGAGUUGAAUGACAGGCCGGCAAAGAAGGCGCGCGUCAGCGGAGACUUCAAGCCUCGAGCUACCGAGAAGGGUGCAGACGGCGAUUUCAGACCCCAAUUAAAUCCUGGUGCAACCAAGAGGUCGGAGGAGAGACAGAGUGCGCCAAAGGGAGGAAAGCAGGUCAUCUCUUCGCUUUUCACCUACAACCCCGUCUCGAAAACGAAGCCUGAAGCCAAGGAGCAACCAUCAGACGAUGCGCCCGUUGAACCCUCGAAUGCGCCGCUCAGCGAAGAGCUGGCCACCUUUACCUCCCUUGGCAUAUCCACGACCCUCGCAGCCCAUUUGCUCAAAAAGAUGGAGUUGAAGGCACCUACGGCUAUCCAAAAGGCGGCGAUAACACAGUUGGUCAAGGAUGAUUCAGAUGCCUUCAUACAGGCUGAGACUGGUUCGGGAAAGACAUUGGCAUACUUGCUACCGAUCGUGCAAAGACUCAUGGAAUUGUCGGCGAACCUGAAGAAGCAGCAGGCGGACAAGAAUGUACAGAGAAGCUCGGGGUUAUUCGCUAUCAUCAUGGCACCGACACGCGAGUUGAGCAAACAGAUUGCCCUUGUACUGGAAAAGCUUCUAGGCUGCGCACAUUGGCUGGUUGCUACGACAGUCAUUGGUGGCGAGAAGAAGAAGUCAGAGAAAGCGCGGUUGCGAAAAGGCAUCAACAUCCUCGUCGCAACACCCGGUCGAUUGCUGGAUCACCUUGAGCACACGGAGACGCUGGACGUGAGCAACGUGAGGUGGCUUGUAUUGGACGAAGGUGAUCGUCUGAUGGAGCUUGGGUUUGAACAAGACAUUCAGCGCAUCGUCGGUGCUCUGAAUCUGCGUAUGCGCGCAACAAAAAUCGGCCAACAGAGAAUCCCUGGACUGCCAGAGAAGCGUACAGCUGUGCUUUGUUCCGCCACCAUGAAGAUGGAUGUCGAGCGGCUUGGUCAAAUCAGUUUGAAAGAUGCUGUGCACAUUCGAGCAGACCCGUCAGAGCAAGAUCAGAAGGUGGGCGAAGCCAGAGAAGAGCAAGGCUUCUUCGCGCCGGCACAAUUGAAGCAAUCCUACGCCGUAGUGGCACCAAAGCUACGAUUGGUAUCGUUGAUGAGCUAUCUGAAACGAGCAUUCGCACGGAAAGGGUCAGUGAUGAAGGCCAUAGUCUUCAUGUCUUGCGCCGACUCUGUGGACUUCCACUUCGACAUCCUCACCAGCAAGUUGACACCCGACUCCGACAAAAUCGAAGAGAAGACUAGAGAUACCUCAGAUUCUUCCUCAGACACUGAGAACAAAAAGCCCAAGAAGACCAAAGCAUCUCUGCAAUCCGAUCCCACCAAACUCUCCGUGACGGACGCAAUUGCACCCAUUCUUUCUACCAAAACCCACAACGUAACUGCCUACCGUCUCCACGGCUCCCUCCAACAAUCACUUCGUACCUCCACCCUCGCCCACUUCGCCAAAAACAAAGAGCCCUGCGUCCUCAUAGCCACCGACGUCGCAUCUCGCGGUCUCGAUCUUCCCAACGUGGACCUAGUCGUAGAAUUUGACCCUGCUUUUGCGCGAGAAGACCACCUCCACCGUAUUGGUCGAACAGCACGUGCCGGUCGUGAUGGCCGCGCCUGCAUCUUUCUGAUGCCUGGAUGCGAAGAAGGCUACGUCGAGGUCUUGAAAUCCGACCGCAAAGACACAGAAGCUGGGGUCCACAUCUCCCGCCAGGAGGCAGAUGAAAUACUCAACCGCGGACUGGUGACCAGCGGCGUACCGGGCAAAAAUGCCUACAUGGAUCUCGCCACCGAUUUGCAGCUCAACAUCGAGCGGUGGGCUCUUGCAUCCCCUGCCCGUCUCGAGGCAGCACGCCGCGCGUUCCAAAGUCAUGUGCGAGCUUACGCUACGCAUGUCGCCGAUGAGCGGAAAUACUUUGACAUCAAAUCUCUCCAUCUCGGACACCUUGCCAAGGCCUUUGCGCUCCGUGAACGACCGUCUGGCAUGAAGGUGCCAGGCCUCCGUACAGGUGCUGGACGCAACGACCGCACGCCCGCGAAGAUCAGGGGCAGUGGCGGCGCAAAGGUGGAUGGUGCCAGUCGCAAGGCAGAGCUUGCGGCGGCGAAUGGCGUGUCGAAGCGGAAGGUUGCGGAUUUGGAUCUCCCAGAGAGUGGGGAUACAGAGGAGGCGGCCAAGAUGAGGAAGGCUGUGCGGGCACGUGAGAAGUUUAUGAGACAUGCGGGUAUGGCGAGUGAGUUUAAUAUUGGCUGA